AUGUCAAAUGGAAGCACUCAAGUCAUGAUGGAGGGCGCUGAACCUUUCCUGGGGCCUAAUUUGAACAUCACAUUAACGUGCCCAGACUGCAAGAAGUAUCCUCCGGACUUGAUUGAAAGGUUCAGUGAAGGUGACAUUGUUUGCGGUAGCUGUGGGUUGGUUCUAAGUGAUAGAGUUGUUGAUACGCGAUCAGAAUGGAGAACGUUUAGCAAUGACGAUCAGAAUGGGGAUGAUCCGAGCCGUGUUGGAGAUGCUGGGAACCCGUUGAUGGAUUCUGAAGACUUGACCACUAUGAUUUCCUAUAUUCCCGAAAACACGAGAGUCGGGAGGGAGUUGAAUAGAGCCCAAUCAAUGUCCUUGGUUGAUAGGAAGGAUAAUGCAUUGGCGGCUGCGUAUUCGAAGAUUUCGCAGAUGUGCGAUGGGUACCAGUUACCAAGGAUUGUGCAAGAUGGUGCGAAAGAAGUCUACAAGUUGGUCUACGAAGAAAGACCUCUUAAGGGAAAGUCUCAGGAAUCUAUCAUGGCUGCUGCAAUAUUCAUUGGCUGCCGUAAAGCAAAGGUGGCCCGUACGUUUAAGGAGAUAUGGGCACUUACAAAUGUACCAAGAAAAGAGAUUGGAAAAGUUUUCAAAAUCAUGAAUAAGAUUAUUCAAGAAAAGAAUGCUGCCAAUCCAAGUGCUGCAUUUAUCCAGGAUAAUGAACAGACUACUCAAACUUCAGCUGAAGACUUGAUUAGGAGAUUUUGCUCCCAUUUGGGUUUGAAUUCACAAGUUACAAACGCAGCUGAGUAUAUUGCCAGAAGAUGUAAAGAAGUUGGUGUUUUAGAUGGAAGAUCUCCUAUCACUGUUGCUGCUACGGUUAUAUACAUGGCAGCUUUAGUAUUUGGGGCUGAUUUGCCUCCAUCUAAGAUUGCUGAUAAAACUGGUGUUAGUGAUGGUACGAUUAAGACAUCGUACAAAGUAAUGUAUGAGGCAAAGGGUCAACUAAUUGAUCCUUAUUGGGUGGAAAGUGGAAAGGUUAAAGUCGAAGAUAUACCUAAAAAUUAG